AUGUCAUACAGCUAUCAUGUUGAUAUUGCCGCUGGCCAAACACCGCAUAACGUGUUGCUGUUUGCAUACAAUGAUCUGUGCGAUGAAGUACAAGCCGAUGAUCGUAUCACAGUUACUGGCAUCUAUCGAGCUAUUCCGAUUCAGGAGAAUCCACGCGCACGUAACGUUGAGACUCUUGGGGUUGCACCAUACAUCUAUGAAAACACCGACAUUAAGUAUGGUAUCCUAUUGCAAUUGUUCGGCGGCACUAAGAAGACACACGCUUCAUUGGGUCGCCAAAACUUCCGUUCCGAGCUGCAUCCCAAUUCAGUGUCCACUUGGGAUUUGUUGCUGUGCGGUGAUCCUGGUACAUCGAAAUCCCAGCUACUUCAAUACGUCUACAAUUUGGUUCCGCGUUUGCAGUACACUUCGGGCCAUGGCUCAUCGGCGGUCGGUUUGACUGCUUAUGUCACCAAAGAUCCAGAAACGCGUCAACUGGUUUUGCAAACUGGUGCCCUGGUAUUGUCUGACAAUGGUAUUUGCUGCAUUGAUGAGUUCGAUAAAAUGAAUGACUCAACGCGUAGUGUUUUGCACGAAGUGAUGGAGCAACAAACAUUAAGUAUUGCCAAAGCCGGUAUCAUUUGUCAAUUGAAUGCUCGAACGUCGAUUUUGGCCGCUGCCAAUCCAUCGGAAUCACAAUGGAACAAGAACAAAAACAUCAUUGACAACGUUCAAUUGCCACAUACGUUGCUGUCGCGUUUUGAUUUAAUUUUCUUGAUUUUGGAUCCACAAGACGAGGUGUUCGAUCGUCGUUUGGCAUCACAUUUGGUGUCAUUAUACUAUGCCACACCACAAGAUGAAGAAGACACAUUGUUUGAUAUGAGUGUAUUGCGUGACUACUUGGCAUAUGCAAAGGAACAUGUUCAUCCAACAUUAUCGGACGAUGCACAACAGCGUUUGAUUCAAGCAUACGUUGAUAUGCGAAAAGUUGGCGCUGGACGUGGUCAGAUAUCCGCAUACCCACGUCAAUUAGAGAGUUUGAUUCGUUUGGCCGAGGCUCAUGCUAAAGUUCGUCUCAGCAAUGUCGUCCAAAUCGAAGAUGUUGAAGAAGCAUGGCGGUUGCAUCGUGAGGCAUUGAAACAAUCGGCCACGGAUCCGUUGUCGGGUAAAAUCGAUGUUGGUAUCCUAACGACCGGUUUAUCGACAACGGCACGGAAGAAGCGAGCCGAUUUGGUGGCAAAUAUCAUGGAUAUGCUGAAGAAGAAAGGCAAACUGCUAACAGUAUCAUGGAACAAAUUGUUUGUCGAAUUGAAAGAAAACUCAUAGAUUGUGAGUCGAACG